AUGGUGGUGGAACUGCUAGUAGUGGUGGUGGCAGUAGAGAUGGAACUGCUAGUGGUGGUGGUGGCAGAAGAGAUGGAACUGCUAGUGGUGAUCGUGGUGGAAACUGCUAGUGGUGGCGGACAUGGAACGGCUAAUGGGGUUGGUAGCAGACGUGGAACUGCUAGUAAGAGUGGUGGCGGGCAUGGAACUGCUAGUGGUGGUGGUGGAACUGCUAGUGGGGUUGGUAGCAGACAUGGAACUGCUAAUGAGGGUGGUGGUGGGCAUGGAACUGCUAGUUAUGGUGGUGGGCAUGGAACUGCUAGUGGUGGUGGUGGUGGAGAUGGAACUGCUAGUGGGGUUGGUAGCGGACGUGAAACUGCUAGUAAGAGUGGUGGCGGGCAUGGAACUGCUAGUGGUGGUGGUGGAGAUGGAACUGCUAGUGCUGCUAGUACUGACAGUGAUUGCACUAUAAGUGUAGGUGGCAAAAUGGGUAGUGUGAGGCGCAGUUGUAGUAACUGGCUGUUCUACAAAUUGAGAUGGUGA